AUGCUCCUUCUGGACAGGGUGCACUGGGUGGCAAAGCCACCUGACUCCACUCCUCGCGAUGUCUUACUCAGGGAACACUACUACCACAUUAAAGAACUAGUUCUCAAGUCACAUCGCAGCAAAGCUGACCCGCACAAAGAAUACCUGUCCGAAUGCAUCAUGGCGGAUCUUUCAGCGGCAACCCUGCGUCGAAGAAGGGACUUCAAUCAAGUCACCACGGAACUCCGUAACCACGGAAUCUGCUACAGGUGGGGCUUCCCCACGAAAAUAAUCAUAACCAAAAAUGGGAAAUCGACAUACUUUGCAUCUCCAUAG